AAAAUUCCAUUUUUGAAAGAAAAGCGGCAGGCUUGAAGAAGCGGACACGAUGUCUAAUAACAAAAGCAACGACUUCAAAGUCAACUCUGCCUUAAAAAACAAGAGCGGAACACUAAGCAUCAAGUUUGACAUGUAUGUAGUUCCUUUGAUGUACGUUGGAUAUGGCAUUAUAUUUCUGGUAUCACUGUUUGGAAACUCUCUCAUUAUACACAUAAUACGAACUAAUAGCGCGAUGAAGACAGCAAUAAACUACUUGGUCUUAAACCAAGCUUGCGCUGAUCUUUUCUUCACAAUCAUGUGCUUCCUUAAUGUUAUUCGUGAGACUUCAUAUCAAGGAUUGUGGUUUGGAGGAAAUAUAGGAAACAUCACUUGCAAGCUAUUUCUAGGAAUCCUUUAUGUCCUCACAGGUUUUUCCAUUUGGCUGCUCGUAACAAUUGCUGUUGAUCGCCUUUACGCAAUAACUCACCCGUUGCAAAGAUCACCUAUAUCUCGAAACCUAAAAAAAGUAAUACUAAUACUAUGGACAUGGGCAAUUGUUACCUCAAUAAACAUUUUUGAUAAAACGGUCGUACAAAAGAUUGAAGAAUCUUAUUUCUGCAAGGCAUUAACGACUGUUCUCCGAAAAAGGUGGACAAUAUUUAAUUUUCUCAUAUUCGCAAUGAACGGUCUACUACCUUUGACCCUCUUAGCGUGUCUGUACACAAGAAUAUGCAUUAAACUCUGGACACGCCAGGUACCAGGAGAUGGAGCAAAUCAGAAUCAACAACGAGCAACAACUUUAGCUACAGCGUUUAAAGUUACCAGAAUGAUGAUCGCUGUCUUCUCGUUAUUUCUUGUUUGCUGGCUUCCAUGGAUUAUAACAAUGACCUUUUUUCUUUUUAGUCCUUUAGAUUAUGACCACUGGUUUAUAUUUCCUAUGUGGUUAACCUUUGUUUACAGCGGACUUAAUUCUUAUGUAUAUUUUUCCUUCAGUUCAAAUUUUAGACAAGGACUUAAACUCUUGCUUGCAAACAUUUGUGCCAUUCCUUUUCGAUCCCAGAGCAUAGAACUUCAACAAAAUUAA